AAAAAACUUGAAAAAUAGGUGUUAGGGUAAAAAGGAGAAGCUCAAAGGAAAAAGCACAAAGCCUCCGUCACCCAUUUACAGAACACUCAAAGAAGAAGAAAGAUUCAAAACACAUUACACAUUUGUCUCAGAAAAAAACGAUGGAGAGAGGAGCUACACUUUCCCCAAGCCUUAAUCAAAGCUACCUACUUUCUCCUUCACGCGCCUCCACCACGCGCCUCAACUCUUUCUCCUUCACCCGGAACUCAUCGCCACCGUCUUCCUCCAUCAAGCUUCACAACUCUUCUUUAAGUUUCAUCAAUGGCGGAGUCUCCCUUACUCGGUGCAACGCCGUGCUAUCAAACUCAUCUUCAAGUAAGGAUGUUACUGAAGUAGCCGACAUAGAUUGGGACAACAUAGGGUUCGGUCUUAAGCCCACUGAUUACAUGUACGUUAUGAAAUGUAACCUUGGUGGUGAGUUCUCUAAUGGUGAACUCCAACCUUUUGGGAACAUUGAAGUCAGCCCUUCUGCUGGUGUACUUAACUACGGACAGGGAUUGUUUGAAGGGAUGAAAGCUUACAGAAAGCAAGACGGCAAGAACAUCCUCCUCUUUCGUCCUGAAGAGAACGCAACACGUAUGAUAAGUGGUGCUGAUAGGAUGUGUAUGCCUGCUCCAACCAUUGACCAGUUUGUUGAAGCUGUGAAAGCAACUGUCUUAGCAAACAAACGUUGGGUUCCACCUCCUGGUAAAGGCUCCUUGUAUAUUAGACCAUUGCUAAUGGGAACUGGAGCUGUUCUUGGUCUUGCACCUGCACCAGAAUACACUUUCCUUGUCUAUGUCUCUCCUGUUGGAAACUACUUCAAAGAAGGUGUGUCACCGAUCAAUUUGAUUGUGGAAAGUGAAUUUCACCGUGCGACACCUGGUGGUACAGGAGGUGUUAAAACCAUUGGCAAUUAUGCUGCAGUACUAAAAGCACAGUCUGUUGCAAAAGCCAAAGGAUAUUCUGAUGUUUUGUACCUUGAUUGCAUCUACAAAAGAUAUCUUGAGGAGGUCUCCUCUUGCAAUAUCUUCAUUGUUAAGGACAAUGUGGUGUCUACUCCUGAAAUAAGAGGAACCAUCUUACCAGGGAUUACGCGAAAAAGUAUAGUUGAUGUUGCUCGUAGCCAAGGGCUUAAGGUGGAGGAGAGGAAUGUGACAGUGGAUGAGUUACUAGAAGCGGACGAGGUUUUCUGCACAGGAACCGCUGUGGUUGUUUCUCCUGUUGGAAGCAUUACAUACAAAGGCAAAAGAGUAUCUUACGGAGGAGGUAGCUUUGGACCUGUUUCAGAGAAACUGUACACCGUUCUGACAAGCUUGCAGAUGGGUCUGACUGAGGAUAACAUGAAGUGGACUGUGAAUCUCAGUUAAAGAAAAUGCAGGCAAAUGCAUUAUUGUACCAAUACGACUGCUUAGUUUUUGUUAUAAUUUUCAUGAAAUCUGCGUUUCUCAUGAAACUAUAAAAUAAAAAAAAUCUGGUCGAUCUUACCGCGUACCAAACUUGUAGUUCUCCUUUGUGUUUUGAAGUCGAACAUAAAUAAAUUACCGGUUCGUGUUUAAAUGUUU